CACGUCAAAGUCUCCAUGGGCACUAGUGCACUGUGGAGGACUGUAUCAAUAUAUCAAUUAUGUGUCGCCCUCAGGCUCUUUAUCACUUCACGUAAAAGGGUCUCGACUUAACGGUGUCGCAGUGUUUCCCAGUCAAUGUAUUCUUUCUCCCAGUGCCAGAUACUAAGACGCCUCUUUCCGGCCCACAUUUUGAGUCAUGUCAUCCUAUACUCCACAUACAAAUUUGUCACUUGAACGGUCUCGUCUCAUUGGAAUGGUGCUGGGGGGUGUAUCCUACGGGGCAUACCUGCUGCUUACAGUACAAGCCGUGACUGCUCUCAUGCAACGUCCCCGUAAUGGGGAGAAAAUUGCAAAUAAUCGUCGUGUGCUUCUUUGUUACACGCUCAUCACGUUUGUGUUGGGGACGACAGCCUUUGCUUGCAACACGAAAUAUACGGUGAUGAUUUGGAUAGACCUUCGUGAUGCACCUCAUCAGUAAACCGAUGAACAUAUUAAAAUAACAUAUUAGACUAUAUAUGAAUAACAAUCGCAACAAUCCUCC